GUUGCGUCUGGAGAUUCGAAAGCUUUACUUGAAAAGUAUUCUUACAAAGUAAAGGGCCAUAAGAGGAAGUCUACAUUUCGGCGAGAAGCGAGCGAAAGAUAGACGAUGCUGAAAUGACAUAAUUUUCUCCCUGACGGCUGAUAAUCGUGCAGUUCAAAAGUGGCUCGACAGCAUUGUUAUCGUAAUGAAUCGAGAAAACGAGGAACAGCGACCGGUUUCUCAAACGUUAUGCGGUGCACUGCAAAAGGAACCGAACUGUAAAUGCCUGGUGCUAACAGUUCUUAUAUAUGGCUGUCUUGCGGCAAUAACAUGGUGCAGAUGUGCCAACGUUACCAAGAUUAUGGUGAACUACACUAAAUUUCCUAUUAAAAGUACGAGACACGUAUCAUCGCCCUGUGAUGACGGCUAUAUAUAUAUUCCGGUAGCAUUUAUGGGGAUGCUGUAUCUGGUUUAUCUGGUAGAGUGCUAUCACUCGCCAAUCAGGAUCGAUCUAUUACACGCGGAGAGCCAGGACAGCGUGCUAUCCAAAUUGGUACAGCUAAAGAUGGCACAGCCGCGAAUAUGGUGGAAGGCAGUUUCCUAUCACUAUGUGCGCAGGAAACGACAAAUCACGCGUUAUAGGAACGGAGAUAAUUAUAUCACCACACAGAUUUAUUACGAAAGGGUGAACACACACUCAGCUACCACUCACUACUAUUACGAUUAUUGCGGAGUAAAAGAUAUCAGUAAAGAAUUGGUACUUGAGGCCAAGAUACCAAUUACGAAGAUCACGCUUACCAAGGGUUUUGCAUUUUCAAACAUAAGGUCCGCUACGGAAUUUGAGGAGGCACGAUCACGAUUUUUCGCCGAACAAGAACUUAAUGAUGACUAUAUGGAAAUGAGAGAAGGUCUUGAUCUUGGGUACAAUGUUAGCACGAUGCUAGUUGCCGUUCUCGGUAAUCCAUGGUUUACGAAUCACUAUAUUUAUUGGAGUCUGAGUGCUCUACUGCUUAGCUGGCCGUUACGAGUAAUCAUCGAAUACAAAACACAAUACGCCGAUUAUCAGGUUACCAAAUUGUUUGGUGUAAAUUACGAUACACCGACUUCUGGUGAACCCAUUCAUGCAUCUAUAAGCCAGCUAAGCCAGCCAGGUUCAUACAUGUUGGCACCCAGUUAUAGCGAGGCGUUAUUGAUGGAACCAGCAACAACUCGCAAUGAGUCUGAACAAAGACAAGAAAAUUGGCAAAACCGAGAGGAGAUGAAUGUUGCGACUGAUAUAGUACCCAGUUACUCUGAGGCACUUCUUUACGAAUGUGCCGAACAGUAUGAUAAUCGGAAUACGACCAUGAAUAAUGCCUACGCUGGAUGCACAAAUAGUACGAUAUUACGCAGCGCGGACGAUCCGAUGCAAAUACUUCCGCUGAUGCCAUGCGAAUGUCACUGCCCUUGUCCGUGUCAUGGGAAUGCGAACGAAUAUGAGAUGAAGAUGAAUGAGCGCAGCUACAUCGAGAUUGCAACCAGCAGAGAUCACUUGCCAACGAGUACCCAGAUUGGUGAUACUUUUGAAAAUGAAUUAGCGACGCUACGGACGACGGCAGAUGGUCGAUUGCAUCCUCCGGCAAAUCCAGUAGCUUCCUCGAAUAAUCUCCAAAUUGAAGCAUCUCCGAGCAGAUGCAGCAAUUGCGGCAGGAUUUCCGCCAGCACGCAAACUAUUAAUGCUGACACCUUUCCCCGCAUUGUCGCUAGGAAAAAGUCUAAUGAAAGCUCUCAGACUACAUCGGCAGAUUUCAUUCCCAACAUGAUAUCUGAAAGAGAACAUCGGACUAUACUCCGCGACAUCUCUGAACCUAAUUUGAGAUUGCAAUCGGAACUGGCGAAUACGUAUCCGAAGGAGAAUGUCAGAAGUCUGGAGAACAUAUUAGAAAAUGAAGAAGAUCUACCAGGAGCUGGCAAAGCUAGCUGUGUUAACGUAGAGAUGAUUCUUCUACAUGAAAGGCAAUAUCCCGAACGCCAGAGGAGAUUUCCAGUUUCGCCUUCAUUGACUCAUCAUCGUUCUCUUUCCCUCGACGAAACGACAGUUUCUCCGAAAAAUUUGAGCACUAUUCCAAAAACCGAGCCGCGUAGCAGGAUCAUGGUGAAUCCUAUAUUAAAUGAGGCUUGCUGGAAGUUACCAAAUUCGAAGACAUACUAUUGCUUAAAGUCGAUUUUGAAGCAAAAUAAGCGCAGGUAUACACUUGUGACUGCGGAUGAAUUCCAAAAUUUCACUGAACAAGAUGUUAAUCGUGGUGUUGACUAUCUCAACAGUUCUGGUAGAGGCGAGAAGGGUAAUAAUGAUGUUCGAAUCGAUAAAUUGGUCGAUCAUUCACACUCGAGAGAAAAAUUAAAUCCCAUCAGAAGGAGAAUGCCAUCCUUCGAAGAAUUUAGGUCGGAAAGAGAUAAAAUGUAUAUCAAUGAUCAAAAACAGGAAAGCACUAGUCCGAUACAAGAAGUCUUCCCUGGCGAUCCUUUCGGCGGCAAAGAUAUCGUGCCUGUGAGAAAUUUGAGGGAAUGUAGCGUCAGAGAGGGUGAUUCCGCGAACGAUUCGGCAAUGCUUAUUCGGCCAAAUCGAUCUUUAACUGUUCAAGAUGCAAGAUCCCUUCCGAUCGAUUGUUCAACUAUGAAUUUAUUGCGGCCCGAUAGUAUCACGUAUUCAUUGCCACACAUAACGCAUUCUUCAUGGAAUAACGGGCAUGAAAGAAAACUUCAGUAUCUUUUACACAAUAGAUAUCCAUUCGAGGCAAUGGGCACUUCCGCUAAAGUGGAAGAGACGUCACGGGGACAUCGAAACGACGUCUCAUUUCUUUCUUAUAACAGGUUGCAUUCUGAACGAACAAAUAGAUGGUCAACAAGCUCAAAUGAAUACGAUGAUAGAUCUCGCGAGGGUCAUCCGAAGUAUUUGUCGAAUAGAAGACGCCAGGCAGCUGGUUUAACCAGAUCACUCACCGAAAGGCGGCCGAAGGUCGCUCGUCUCAAUAGGAACUUCCGAAGAAGCUUCACAGGUAGAAUGGAAGAUUAUAGAAUGGAAAACGCCAAACGAACAAAUUUCAGCAUCGAAACAUCAUUGUAA